UUUCCUCGAGUUUGAGGCUCAAGUUCGAAUCUUUACUGCAAAAACGAAAGAGCCCACUAUCGGUAUUUUCAUUUCUUUGCUCCUUUUCAUUAUGUUUUCCUUUCUGGGUUUUUCAAAUUUAAUCAAUUGACAAACCAAUUUCCAUCUCAAAAUCAGAGCUGGAUUCGUAAGACACCCAGAACAGAACAGUCGUUUCUCUCUCCCUCUGUCUCUCACACGCACACUCUCUCUCUCUUACGCAGCUUUCACGUGUCGUCUGAGGUACGAUCAUCGUGCUUUCCGCUUUCCCUCCUGCUCUGAGAAGGGAGAAAAAAUAAACACAGAUGCAUUCACAUCGCAUUUCAGAGAGAGACAGAGAGUGGGGGAGGGAGCCAGGAAGGAGCGUUCUUCUUGGUUCUUUCCUCACAGUUCAUUUCACUUCUUUAUUCGAAACCAAAAACUGUCAACUCUUCCCUCGGAGAACAGGAAAAGAGAAAAAUGUCGCCGUACACACGCUUGGGUUUGCAGGCCUUUUUCACGGCCGUCUUUACUACUACUGAUUUACUGCGACUCCUACUUCUUCUUCCCAGAACCGCUGUCAUUACCAUUAUUAAAAGCAAGAAAAGGGAAAAAAAAUUGGGGAAAAAAGAACAGAACCCAGUUUCUCCAGUUGUUUUGUCUCCGGAAAGAUCCGAUCUUUUUCCAUUUUUCGGGGGCUAAUCAGUUGAAUUUGAUCGAAAGGACUGUUUGUCAAGCAACCCAUUUGCAUUUUUGUUAGGUUGUAGAGGAGCACAAUGAGAAAGUUGAAAAAUUUCACACGCAAUGCAGUGCGAGUGAAGUGAUUUUGCAUUCAUUUUUUUGGCACUUUGCAUUAAAACACUGCCGCUUUCAGCCCCUGCCAUGUCCUGCCGCUUCGGCAGAGAUCUUUUCGGGCUCUGGGUCGUAUUUAUCCCUGUCAGAAGCCACUAAUUACCUCCCAUGCCACUGACCUUUUUGUAUGCCCACUGGUAUUGCCAUUGCACUCAUUCAAUUUCUCUCACCUAACGUUUCAUUUCCUCAGCUUCUUCUGGUUUGUCACCCAACAGUGCAAAGCAUUAUUGUUCACUGGGUGUUACGCGUGUGCAGUCAUUUUUUCUUUGUUUUUUUUUGUUCUUUUUAAUUAUUGUGGUUAUUGUGGUCUUGUGUAUUGUUUGAGUGUGUGUUUUUGGGCAUAGAGGAUCUUCCGUCGAUUUGAUUUUGGUUGGAGUUGAAAGUGCGGGUGUUGGAUGGCUGCUCGGCCAGGCUGCUCGUCGUCGGUGCCGUCGCUGCCGCCGCCGCGCCCGAAGUCGCCGCCGGAGUAUCCGGACUUGUAUGGUAAGCGCCGGGAGGCUGCGAAGGUGCAAAUGCUGGAGAGAGAGAUUGGUUUUCUUGAGGAGGAAUUAAAGUCUCUUGAUGGACUUCAACCAGCUUCCAGAUGCUGCAAAGAGGUUGCCGAUUUCGUUGUGGCAAACCCCGAACCUCUCAUACCAACAUACCAGAAGGGAAAUAAAUCUUACCGCUCUUGGAAGUGGCUCUGUGGAAUGUCCUGUUUUAGCCUCUCAUGGGUUUGCUGCUGCUGCUAUUCUGCAUGCCCGGUUCAAUUGCCCUGUAGCUGCAAUUGCAACUCAUGCUGCUCGUGUAAAUGUUGCUCGUGUCCGAGUUGCUCCGUACGCAAGUGCCGGUGUUGCUCGUGUCCCAAAUCUGAUUGCUGUAAAGGCAUCUCUUGCUGUAGUAGAAGUUGUACCUUUUCCUUUCCUUCUUGCCCUAGUUGCUCUUGCUGUUCCUGGCCUAGUUGCUCUUCCUGUUCCUGGCCUAGUUGCUCUUGCUGUUCCUGGCCUAGUUGCGCUUGCUGUUCCUGGCCUAGUUCCUCCUGCCUUAAGUGGCCAAAGGUAAGCUGUUGCUGCAGUUGUAACUGUAAAGAUAUAUGUUGUGACCCUUGCUAUUUAUGUUACUAGCACAAAGUUUAUAUGAA